AUGGAUGUCAAAUUACAAAAAAGAUAUGCUGAAGAAAUCAUUCGACGUCUUACUAAAUUUGGUGGUUCUCAUUAUGAAGAUGUUACUCAAUGGUUGCAUGAUACUGAAGAACUAUUUGAACAAGCACAACUUCGUUCCUCUAAUAAAUUUAUAGUUGCACAAUGCUAUUUAACUGCUACUGCUGAAAAAUGGUUUAGAAUUGAAAGGUCCAUUAUUCAUGAUUGGGUUACAUUCAAAAUCGAAAUUGUUAAAGCAUUUCCACCAUUAUUUAAUCCAAUAUUAUUGAAAGUGGAACAAUGUCGACAAUUCUCUCACCUUUCAACUUCAUCAAACUUCUCUUUAACUUCAACAAUACCCGAAAAGAAACAACAUACUAAACAUGAUCUAUUAGCUCCCCUUAAUGAUAAUCAAAUUGAAUCAUUCGACGAUUUUACAGAUGAAAAUUUAAAUGAAUGUUCACAAGAACAUUCUUCACCUAUAUUAGUUCCUAUCAAUGAUAUUGAUUUAGAAAUUCAAUCGCAAUGUAACGAUAUAUUAACUGAUCUUGAUACAUUAAACCAACAAUAUGAAUCUGUUAGUGAAAAUGAUCCUAUUACACAUGGUGUUGGAGAUACUAUUGAAGUUUUUACUGAAACUAUUUGUACCGCUAUAACUGAUGAUUCUUUAACUAAUACUGUUGCAUCACUAGAUGUUCAAUCUUUCUGUCCUGCUCCAUAUCAAUUCGAUGAACCAACAUCUAAAGUUGUACAAAGCAGUACAUUCAAUAUUUUCUAUCCUGAUUUACUUGAUAAAACUCGACCACAAUCAUGUUCUCUUAUUGUGUAUGAAGAUAUUGCACUUAAACUUAGUAAUCUAGACUGGAACUGUUCAUCUCGACGUGGAUUUCGAUAUAUUUGUCACAAUGGAAUAUUUCAAGUGCGAGUUUCUUUUCUAUUCGUACAAAUGAAUCCAAGCAUGAUCAUCUUCCUUACAAUUACAUUUGUACUUUUAUUUAAUUCAUCAAUUUACGCCAUGAAUGUUCCUGUAACUGAUGAAACUCACGUUGGUAUCGUAGAUGGAUGGUAUUAUAACGACACAGUACAUCAUCCAAUAAAACGAGCUGCACCAGGAUGUGUUGACUGCAAAGGCGGUAUUAAAGACUGUUGUCUUCCUAAAAAGUGUCACAUUGUUAAGCUUGGUCUUGAUGAAUGUGUCCAUGUUAAAGGUUAA